AUGGCUUCAAUGGAGACGGAUAUGGCGGUCUCAAAGUUUGAAGAGGAAGACUACGAUCUCCUGUCGGGUAUCGAGCAGUUCGAGCAGUACGAGCCACCCUCAUCGGCAUUGUUAGCACAAACCACAUUCUUUUCAGUAUCCAUCAAGCUCGAUCCGGCCCUGUUCAUCGACCUUAGCGCCGUCCAAGAGCACCUCGAUCGCGUUUGCGUUCUCGCCGACCUCGUCCGCGCCGCGCAUACGACCGUUGACCAACACGAAGCCCGUAUCCAGCAUGAAUUGACUGAGCUCUGGGAUAACAACCAAGACAUCCGCAAGCGAGGCCUUCGAGGCGGCACGGCGCGCAAGCAACGAAGAGCCAUCGGCAACUACAUCCCCAUCGCCACCGUGGAGCGCGAACUCUCGAAGCGCCGAGUCGAGGUGGAAAGGAUCGACUACCUGGGCCGCAACCGGGUCGCGGGAUUGCGCGCGUUGAGGAUCAUGUUUGAAGAAGCGUUCUGUUUCCUCCGGGACCAGCAGCACCAAUGUGAGGAUAUCCUUCGGUGUGGAGAAAUUUUAAUGUACGGUGUCACCACGCCAUUGGUGCUCGACCACCUGGGGGCCGUGGACGAGGUUUUCACAGCAGAGAAUCUUGACAAGAUUGACGACAUUGCCGAGAUGUUGGACAAUUUCGAUGAAGAGUACGACACAUCCUUGUAG